CUGCAACACGCAACUUUGCUCAGAAAAGUUGACAAUCAAUUCCAUUACCCAAGAAACUCCAAUUCAGAAUCCCCAAACCCCUCAUUCUCCACCACCAUGGCCGAUACCGAACUACCGUUGCCUCAGUCCGACAACACUACCAUCUCCGUCGUGGAGAAGCUCUCCAACAUCUCAUUCAGCAUCUGGCCCCAAAGUGAACGCACGCGCGACGCCAUCAAGCACUGCCUUAUUGAGACCCUCUCCUCCCCCUCCAUCUUGGCCGAGCGCUACGGCACCGUUCCCAAAGAGGAGGCGGCCGACGCCGCUAAGGUCAUCGAGCCUAUAAGACAUACGGCCGUUUUCGGCCCUCCAUCGGCGGGGUUCAAAUUAAUAAUUGUUGUCCCCAGAAACUAUCGACUUGCUUAGGUCAAAGUUAAAUGGCUGGUUCUCUGCCCAAUAAGAAAAAGAAAGGUGCUAAAUUGUUAGAUCCUCUUCCAUUGAAGAAGCAAAAAGCAGAAUUUAGUUUUGAUUUGGAUGGCAGUUGUGAACCUGAAGAGCUUCAAGAAUCUGAUGUGGAAGAACACGAUAACGCGACUCUUCUUCAGAAAUGUCGUUACGAUCCUUUUGCCCAUGAUAUACUCCUCAGAAGUGAGGAUGAAGAUGAUAAAGAGGAGGAAGCUGGUGCUGGUGCUGGUGCUGUUGCUGGUGCUGGUGCAGAUUCAUAUUCAAAUUCUGACGUGUCUGACAUUGAAAUGAGAGCAAGAGCCCUUGACGAGGAAAGGUGGGUUUUCUUCGCCGAUGUCGGAGUGUUUUCAGCGGGCCUGCGGGUUCUUGUGGUGGAUGGCGAUCCCACGAGGUUGAAGAUUCUUGAGAAGAUGCUCAAGAAAUGCAAUUACGAAGAAAAUGAAGUGUCGGCAAGAGGGAAGUGGAAGAAGAUAGAAAAGGUUCCGUUCCCGUCUUCAGCGUCAGCGAUAUCGGGAUUUCACUAUAACUUCUGGGUUUUUAAGCUAGCUCAGCAUAUUGAUGAAGGAAACGAGGAUGGAUUAUACAUCAGCAGCGUGGCGUCUUCUUCAAAUCUUUGGGCUCUUGUAAUGGAUGCAGGGACUGGCUUUAGUUCUCAAGUUUAUGAAUUCUCUCCUUAUUGCCUUCACAAGAGUUGGGUUUAUUAUGAAGAGCCAGAUGUUCAAGCCACCGCCUCGGUUCGGGCUUUUCUAUUUGAACGCCUAUAG